AUGAGUCGAUCCCAUCGUUACACACUAUCACACAGUGUCGUCCAUGACAUAUGGUCAUUAGUAUCAGUAACCAACACCAUUACCAAUACAUGCGAUCUGAACGAGAGCGAGACGCCGUACAAGGGUGACUCCGUACCCGUAUGGAAUGUAAAGGCGGCGAUCAUCAGGUACCGCCUAGCCCUGUUUGCCGUGCUCGCGGUGCUCCUCGUAGUGGUCAUCUUGGCGCUUUGUGGCGUCUUCUCCCCUUCCUCCCAGUCCAACGAUUCGUCUGCUGCCGCUUCUGACCAUGUGAUCGUCUACCACGCUGGCUCUUUGGUCGGACUGAUGAGUGACAAGCUAGCUCCAGCUUUUACUGCCGCUACAGGCGUCACGACGUCGCUCGUGGCCAAGGGAUCCGUCAAGCUCGCCAACCUCAUUGUCAAUGGCAGUCAAUCCGACGUGUUUAUCAGCGCUGACGCGUCUGUCAACACAGAACUGCUCAUGGGAAAGGACAAUAAGGACAUGAUCUCGUGGUACAUCACCUUUGGUGCGACGUCCAUCGGUCUGGGCUACUACCUCGAGUCUCCCUAUGCUGAUGUGUUUGCGGCAGUGCAGAAUGGAUCGCUUUCGUGGUACGAAGCUCUGCAGCAGAAUCCAAACAUGAAGAUUGGACGGACAGACCCUGAAGUUGACCCCAAAGGCUACCGUACUGUCAUGAUGCUUGAGCUGGCUGAGCAGUACUACAACGCGAGCGGUCUUGGGAUGGAUAUCUUGGGUUCAGCGACGAAUCGAGCUCAGAUCUUCUCUGAGGAACAUCUGGAGACAUAUGUGAUGUCAGGCGAUCUGGAUGUCGGAUUCUUCUACGCUGUUGAGGUAGGUAGCUUGAGCAGUGUGAACUUCAUCGCGCUUCCGUCGGAGAUCAAUAUGGGCGACCCAGUUCUAGACAGCAAGUACGCAACUGUGUCCUAUACUAACUCUGAGGCGGGGACGGUCUACAACGGAUCGGCUACUAUCUACACUGUGGCUAUUCUGAACAGUGCAACACACUUGUCGGAAGCAGAAGCGUUCGUUACGUUCUUGCUGUCACCUGACGGGCAGACGGUUUUGACUGAGCAAGGAAUGGAUACAGCGACGUUCAUUGCCUAUGGCAACAUUUCUGCGAUCCCCAGUGCAAUUGCGGCAUAUCUGUAA